UGUUUCGUUGUGUACGUUCGUAGGGUGUACAGUGCUGUCAGUGUGUAAAAUAUAUUUAUGCCCGAUUUUGAUGUAAAUACGGCCAGACACAACGAAAAUCUUAAGUAAAUUAAAUCGUCCUUGAUGAUGUCAACAGCGAUGGACAUGUUUCUGAGCGCCACGGAUUCCUUGUCGUUUCCCGACAUCCUGGACAUCGAUAUCAAAUCAGAGAUCGAUACUUUGGUGGGCGGUCACAACGACUUUUCCGGCUUCAACUUUAACGAAAUGCCCUCGCUCGAAAUGGAGGACGUGCACGACAUCAAAUGGUUCAACUCCAAUUCCAACCAUUCGAAUUUGGACUUCAGCGGCGAAGAAGGUCCCACCAUGGUCAAUCCGAACGCCGUCAUGCCGGUGAUGUCGCUAGCUCAGAGUAUUAGGUCACCUUCACCGACGUUAAAAGAAAGCCAUCUGACUUUUUCGCCAGCUACCAUCAAAAUAGCAGCUAUCAAACCCGAAAACCAAACUGUGAAGAAAGAUUUGACCUACAGAUUGGCGGAAGUGGUCGAGAAAAAACCCAUGAUUAAAACGAUUACUAAAGUGGCGCCCAUCUUAGCUAAACCCGUCGUCAAAACUCUCACUAAACCCACUAUACUUACUUUUAGGAAUGCAGUAAAUCGAUCAAUAGCAUCACCCAUGAGCGUCACGCAAGUCAACAACAUCACGACCAUACGAACGGUCGCUCCUUCGACGAUCAACCGUAAAGUCGUCAACACACGACCGUUAUACGGCGACGACGAACGCGCCUUCCCCAAACCGGCGUACAGUUACAGCUGCCUCAUCGCCAUGGCGCUGAAAAACAGCCGAUCCGGCAGCCUACCCGUAUCGGAGAUAUACAAUUUCAUGUGCAGGCACUUUCCCUAUUUCAAAACGGCCCCCAACGGUUGGAAGAACUCCGUCAGACACAAUUUGUCGUUGAACAAGUGCUUCGAGAAGAUCGAAAAGCCCGCGCUGAACGGAGCGCAGCGGAAGGGAUGUUUGUGGGCCAUGAACCCGGCGAAGAUCAGCAAGAUGGACGAGGAGGUGCAGAAAUGGUCGCGGAAGGAUCCGCACGCUAUCAAACGCGCCAUGGUCAAUCCUGAACAUUUGGAAUCGUUGGAGCGCGGCGAAAUGAAGUUCACAUAUUCCUACGACGAAGGCAGCGCCGAAGAACAAAGCGAGGAAGGUUACGAUUCGGGUAACGACGUAGAAGAAACGGCAGUCGUUAGCACCCAAUACGAAUAUAUACAAGAAGAGGAUACGUCGGAUUUGGAUAUAGAGUACGGAGAGAUCGAGGACGAUCAAGAGCUGCUUAGAGUGGAGAUGGCGCUCGCGCAAAAGGAACUCUUAGAAUACGAAAGAACGGUGAACAACAAGAGAAGAAGAACGUAUAUAUUACAGCACUAG